UAUAUUCAAAAAAUAUGUACUGUGUUUAUGUGGCAUUAGUUUUUUUAAAGUAUAUGCGAAAUUAUUAGAAAUAAUAGAAUAUCUGAUGCAUUUAACAAUUAAUUCUGAGUUAUAUAAUUUUUUAUUUCCAUAUGUGCUCUGGAGAUAAUUUGAUCGAACCGCUAAGCGACUUGUGAACCGGUUCCCCUCCUGCUAUAAAUACUUCGACCACCGCCGCACUCGUACUCGCACCAGCGUCUUGUCCUCGAAGCGGCUGUGAUGGUGUCGAUGGAGGAGGGCGAGGAGAGUGUGUUGGACGACGUGUUCCAGGAGAUCGACCUCGCUGGAGAGGAAACCCUAGAUGAUCCUGAUGAUGGCGAUGUUGAGAUGCUCGACGCCCUUGGAGCCGGGGGCGGUCGCUCACCCUCGAGCUCGGUCGGAGGCGGCGACCAGACGGAGGAGGGAGGCAGGAAAAAGGCUCGUAAGAAGAGACGUAAAAGGAAGAAGAGUCGGUCGGCAGGGAAUGCCAGCGGCCAUAAUGGUGGCGCCGAUCCCUGCAUCGCCGACAUCAAUAGGUUUGUGAUACAUACAUGUCGGCAUUUAAAAGAACACAAGUCCUACUUGCUCUGGAGUGCAGUUGGUUGCCUUGGUGUCUGUGCUGUCAAAGAUCUUGUCAAGGAGGUUGAUGCCAUUCAGAAAUGUGGCGGCCAGAAGACUAAUGAUGGUCAGCGCUACCACACAGGUGGUGGUAUUCUAUUCAAUAUUUUAAAAACUCGUGAACCAAAAGCUUACAAGGAAAUUAUGGCCAGGGGAAGGGAAUUUGAGAAACAACUGAAGGUAUCAAAAAGAAAGAUGAUAACAAACAACGAGGGUACCACCAAGAAUUCAAGUAUUCCGUAUGUAGCAGCGGAAAUAUCAGGUCAGGCUGAAGCUGGACUCAAUGGUCAGCAACAACUUGAAUCAUCUGAACCUGUUCAAGAACAUAAAAAGUUGGCAGAUAGGAUGCGUGUUCCUGUUUCAUAUGAUGAUCUGUUUGAGGAAGGUGAAAUACCCCAAUGAAACUGCUACAGACUUGCCCAAUCUUGCAACCCAAAUUGCUCUACAAUCCAGCUUCUUUUUAUGGCGGAAUUCCUAUACAAUACACUACCAAAUUUUUCUCUAUGCUGUGAGAAGUAACCUAUUGAAUAUACUUUAACCGAGUGGAGAUGUCUCGCAAUCGCAGCAUGAAGCAUUUUGACCAGUUUGCACUCAGAAUAGAAGGGGUUCUUGAUGAGUGCUGUAAACACAUUCUGUAGAAAUGAUGAUCUGUGCUUCAUCUGUUUGGAUUUCUUUUUGUUGAUGCAAGUUUUUGCCACCCUCUUCGAUCUUGUCUA